CCGAUCACACAGAGAGAGGAUGAUGCAGUUAUGUAAAAACACGCAUCGUGAAAGUGCGUGUGUGUCAGUUCUGGUGUUUCUUUACUGCACGAUAUUUUUCUGCUUUUGAACGGAUUUAAAGAAGACCGAAUCCCCUGGAAAGCGGUAGAUUUAGAGAGCGAGCCACCGCCUGCACAUUUUCAUAUUAAUAUCUGCGAUGUGUUUAUAUAGAUGCGGAAUGUGUGAACAGUCAGCACAGCUGCUGUGAAGCCGCGGAUUCCCUCGUCUGGCAGGAGUGGCGGAGCGACAGGAGUGGUUGUGGAAACUCGCCUUCUUUCGGAUUUACUUCUUCGGAUGGGUGGCUUUGGAAAAGGAUACUAAAAGUGGACUUGUCUGAUUCUUCAUCUUCAUCUUCAUCAUCACCAUCUUCGUCUGUUUAUUUUGUUAGUAUUUUCGGUGCUGUGUGGAGAGAGGGAGAGGGAGAGGGAGGAAGGAGGGAGAGAGUCGACCCGGUAAUUCAGUGACAUACUACGGGUGCAGUUAAAUAUUCAGGAUUACUGCAGCAGUACAGUCAAAAUAAAACUGCCCUGAGCGAGUACCGUCCACUACCAUCCCAAACAAACCACAGGAAAAACAGCGAGGUGAUGAUGACUUGACAGUUUAUAAUAUCCACGAACAACAAGACAAGGCUGUCGGACCGCUGGCUCGUUACAUUUCAUUUACAGUGUCGCCCUGCUCGCACAAGGCUCCGUUGGAAAUGAUGUCAUGACCCACUCGCGGCGGAAGGAUUCUCUGAGCAGGUAUCGGAGCGAAUGCCGGGAGAAGGUGGGGGGCAGGCCGCAUGGUGACAGGAUGAGCGGGGCCUGGCCCGAAUGCUCCCGUCGAGGAGGCGGAUCCAAGCAGGGCGUGUCCGAGAGGGGAGGCGGAGCCAAGCAGGGCGUGUCCAAGAGGGGAGGCGGAGCCACACAGGGCGUGUCCGAGAGGGGAGGCGGAGCCACGCAGGGCGUGUCCGAGAGGGGUGGCAAGGACAGGGACCAGGGUGCAGACCCAGAUAGGAAGUCCUACCCCCUGCGGAGGAGGGCGGCCCUGCUGGAGUUCGACACGCGCAACUGCCAUGUGGUGCUGACCAGGCUGGAGCAAGAGCACCUGCUGAGGGAGAGGAGCCGGGCAGCGGCGGGGAAACACCCCUCCGGGAGAGGAAAGAGGAGGAGGCAAGGCCAGGGGGGCCAGGAGAAGGACCACUGCAGCAAGAAAAGGGGCAAAGACCCCAGCCUGCCACCCAAAACACAGCUAGAGCCAGCCCUGGAGCCACGCAAGCGCAGAAUGGCCUCCCUCAACGCCGAGGCAGUCAACAGCCUGCUGCUGGAGCGCGAUGACGGCCAGCAGGCACACAAAGUCCGGCGGUUAAACAAGGACCCCCAUGAGCCGUCCGCAGAUCUGCCGGCGAGCUGCCCAGGGCCCUGUGGCAGCGGCACAGCGAAGGGACCCCAAUCGCUGGAGAGCGGCCCCAAGUGGCGCGGCAGGAAGGUCAAGGUGAAGGAAGAACCCAAGGAGGUGGACUGGGGGGCCCCGGCCCCCAAGAGGCUUGCGGGCCUCAACGCAGCGGCCCUGCUGAAGCUCACUAGUGCCUCUGCUGGGGCAAGACGGAGACUAAAACUGGACAGCAAAGGAGGAGGGGGAGGGGGAGGGGGAGGGGGAGGCGGAGGGGGAGACAAGCAGGGGCAGAAAUCUGAGCAACACAAACAUCAUCAUCAUCAUCAUCAUCAUCAUCAGCACCAGCACCAGCACCAGCACCAGCACCAGCUGCAGGUGUUGCAACAGGGGACCUGCCUGGGUUACAAGAAGGAUGCUGGCACCCUCAAAACAAAGUGGGAGACAGGGAGGGGCGGCUUCCCCGUACCGGGGUACCAGUGCCGGAGCCUCCUGGGGUACCCCCUGAAGUCUGUGAAAGAGGAGCCCAGGGAAUCCCAGCUGGACCCCUUCUACUGCGGCCACCAAGACAAGGUGGAGUACUGCCACCGCCUGGCUCUGUUCCUGGGUCACCACAGCCAGGGCUUAGCCUCUCAGUACGGGGGUCCGGGGGAGGCCUCCCCGCCGCCCUCCCCCCUCAAACAGGAGUUCCUCAUCCCCCACCACUCGCUGGCUCACUCUGCCCUGGCCGUGGGCUCACACACCUACCUGUGUGCCGAGCCCUGCUUCUCUGGGUAUUACCUCCACAUCGGCCACCAGGGUGCCUCCUCUCCCCCCCUCCUGUCUGGGACAGGGCCCUUUCACCCCUCCGCUGUCCGGAGUUCGAAGCUGCUGGUGUCCACUGCUACACCGGGGCCCCCCUCAGGUAUCCCUCUCCCUCACCCCGUAUUCUGCAGCGCACUGGAGUCCCCCUGCUUCGGGGAGGCCUGCCGGGUCAACGGAUUCUCCGCCACCGCAUACAGAGCGAUGCAGCCGCUCACCAGCAGGGGGUGUGCUUUCAACAGCUGCCGCGGAGGCUGCAUGCACGCGCUCAAAGAAGAGCCCUACCCCAGCCCCCUGGAUGAGCACAGUCCUGCUAUCCCGGUCUCCCCAGCCCUGCCUCUGUCUGGCUGCCCAGUGCCCACAGUGCCCCCUGCUGCCCAGUCCGUGCCUCGCCUCCCAUCGCCGCUCUUGGACCCCAGCCAGACGCAGCUCAAGGUUGCCCGGGAGUGUCCUCAGAGCGGCAAGCCCCCCAGCGGCUCUCGAUCGGGGGUCCGCAGCACGGCCAGCUGCCCUCUCCUCACCCCGGCCCCCCCUCCCGCCGCUGCUGCGGGAAAGCAGCAGCGAAUCACACGGCGCCGCGCAACCAAUGGCUGGCUGCCUGUCGGAGUGCCAGUGGAGAAGGAGGUCUACAUCGUGGGGGAGGAGGAGCCUGCUGUGAGACGCUGUUUCGAGGGGGUGCAGCGGGACGGGGAUCUGAUCCGGGUUCGGGACACCGUGCUGCUGCGUUCCGGACCCCGAAAGAAAACCCUGCCCUACGUGGCGAAGAUCUCUGCACUGUGGGAGGACCCCAAGACAGGUGAGGUGAUGAUGAGCCUGUUCUGGUACUACCGGCCGGAGCACACCCAGGGAGGCAGGAACCUGAGCACGCAGUGUGAGAACGAGAUCUUCGCGUCUCGCCAUCAGGAUGAAAACAGCGUGGCCUGUAUUGAAGACAAGUGCUACGUCCUGACAUUAGCACAGUACUGCAGAUUUUGUGCCUUGGUGAAGCGCCGCGGAGAGGGGCUACCGGACAGUGCCCCAGUGGUGCCCCCCUCCCCUGACUACGCCACCCCCCCGCACCGCCGCGUGCCCCCCAACAUCGACCCCAGCCUGGUGUUCCUCUGCAGGCACGUCUACGACUUCCGCUACGGACGCAUCCUCAAGAACCUGCAGUAGCGACCAGCGCCACACCAGCAAGACCAACUGGACUGAGAAACAAGCCCGUCCGGCCUGGGCAGGCGAGAGAGGAGGAGACGAAUCAACCGACCGACCAAUCAUUCACUCAAUCAGUAACACAACCGAAAAUUCAAUUGAGGGGCGUCCAACCAUGAUAGUGCCGCCCACAAGCAGUACCGGUUUAGAGAUACAGAGGGCAGCAGAGAGUGCUGUGCUUUGAGUUAACCCUCCGUGUCCUGUUUGAGCCGCCCAACACAGUGCACCUCUCACACAGGACUGGAGGUCUGGAGGAUUUCACCGACACAGUGCACCUCUCACACAGGACUGGAGGUCUGGAGGAUUUCACCGACACAGUGCACCUCUCACACAGGACUGGAGGUCUGGAGGACGCCCUUGAAUACGAGCCCUUGCAUAUCUCUCUGUGUGGAUCGAUCCAGCUCGAUAUUAGAGACUAAUCAAUCUGAAAUACUCGGGCAACGCUACUGUAGUGACCUGCUUUAGACCACGAGGGAUGCAUUUAAAACAAGCAAAAAAAACACUUGUACGGUCAGCCAUAUUGUAUGAGGUAUCGUGAUGACAGUAGUGUGUGAUCGUCAAGUCUCAGAGUAACAUCAAUUAAACUGAGAUAAGCCCUGAAUUGCAGGCAUGGUAACUCUGUGGGUGUGAAUGAGCAGCUUACCCACUUGCUGACUGGUGAUGGGACUGGCAGCCCCCACAGUGUACCAGUAAGCCUGAGUCAGUCCGCUCCUGUUAAAUUAUUUUUUAAAUUAUUUUAAAGUCUAUGAACUGAACUCAUUGAAGAGGCUCGAGACCCUGCUGUAAUGAUAGUUGGUAUUCGUGAAGGGGUCAGUGGACACGGGCAGGCUGCUGGAAUCUCAAUUCUUAGAGCUGACUUGAGUACUGUCGUCUUCUUGUCUUGUUUUAUUGCUUGUGUGCUGGCAAGCAAUGCUGAUUGAAAAUGAUCUGUCUGACACCCCCCCCCCCAACCGAGGUAUUUAAAUAUUUAGUGGAGGACCAGGUAGGCGGUUUGCCUAUCCCAGGGUACACUGCGCUGCUCCUGUGGGAACGGUUUUGGCACCCAGCCUGUGAACUGACCAAUGAGAGGGACGCGAUACGGACGAUGCGUCCCUGCCGUUACCGAUCACUGAGCCCUGAACCCUGAACCCUGAACCCACCCCCCCUUCUUGUGAAAACCAAAGGACUUUACUGAGCGCAGAACCCCGCCCCCCUCCACUCCCCUCCUCAAAUCCAUUCUUAGUUUGCACUAAUUAAUUCUCUGUUUUGUUAGAAGUUUUAUGAUUAUGUGAUCUUGGCUUUAUCCGCUACUAAUAUAAAACAAGAGGUAUAUUGUGUGUGUGUGUUUGUGUGUCGGUGUGUUUGUGUGUCGGUGUGUUUGUGUGUGUGUGUGUGUCGGUGUGUGUUUGUGUGUCGGUGUGUGUUUGUGUGUCGGUGUGUUUGUGUGUCGGUGUGUGUGUGUGUGUGUGUGUGUCGGUGUGUGUGUGUCGGUGUGUUUGUGUGUCGGUGUGUUUGUGUGUGUGUGUCGUGUGUUUGUGUGUGUGUGUCGGUGUGUUUGUGUGUCGGUGUGUUUGUGUGUGUGUGUCGUGUGUUUGUGUUUGUGUGUCGGUGUGUUUGUGUGUCGGUGUGUUUGUGUGUCGGUGUGUUUGUGUGUUUGUGUGUCGGUGUGUUUGUGUGUGUGUAAGUGUUUGUGUGUGUGUUUGUGUGUCGGUGUGUUUGUGUGUCGGUGUGUCUGCAUGUGUGUGUGUGUGUGUGUGUGUGUUGAUGGAAGCAGCUCUGUUGUCCAGAGGGACUGUUCAUCCAAACCUUCACCCAGCCUGACCCUAACCUUCACCCAGCCUGACCCUGACCCUAACCUUCACCCAGCCUGACCCUAACCCUAACCUUCGCUAGCUCCGCUCCCCAGGGGACUCGCAUACAUCACAAUCAUGGAGGAUAUUUCGGCUGGACUUCUCAGUUUUUCCUGCAAGGGGAAGCUGUUUUCCCAUGUGUACUGUACUCUCAUUCCAGACUUUACAAUAACCCAGGCUGGGCCCAAGCUGCAAACAUGCAUUCCUGCAGAGCGUGUUAACAGUGCAUUCCUCUUAAUCGCAUUUCUCAUCAUCACAGUUUAAAAACGAACAAAAAUCCAUUUUGAAAAAUGGAAUGUUACACAUUUUAAAUGAAGUCGAAUAAUAAUAUUUCAAAUUUCACUUUUCUUUUCUUGUUUGCAAAGUGAUCUACACCAUAUCCCACCCCUCCAAACAAAAAGGUGUAUGUAUUUAUAUACAGUGUAGCGUGUGUGUAUAUUACACAUGUAUGUAUAUGUCAGAUUACCUAAAACUUUGUAUUUCUUAAUGGGCCAAUCCCCUUUUGAAUAGAAAACACCAAGACGUAUUCACUGGUAAUAAUAGCUGCCACCGGCCCAGGCCAGCUCCCAGGGUACCCCGAGUAUUCAUGCUUCAGGAGAGAUCUCUGUGUGGUGAAGUUAGUUCAGUAGCAGCUUGGUUCAGACUAGCCAGAGUCUACUGUACAUCACAGCAGCGCUGCAGUCAGCACACAUGCCUUGUAUUGCAAACUGCAGGGUGCCAAAACCAUACCAACGUGUGAUUGAUGCAGAGCCUGUUAUAUAUAUAUAUAUAUAUAUAUAGAGAGAGAGAGAGAGAGAGAGUGUAUAUUUUAGUGUGUAAAAGUAGUCCUGUAUAAUACAGAAGUAUCGUCGAAUUGUGACAUAUUUGGUGCCCUAAUCUCGCAUAACAAGGAAGAGGAAGGCGUCGAUAUAUUUAUAUUUGUUCCCAAUAUUCCCAGAUUGAAAUGGUGAAGAUCUACAGGCAGCUUGGUCUGGUGUCGAUAGAAUGUUUGUUAUUAUUAUUUGUAUUGUUGGAUAUCGAUUUGCUUCGUAGAUGUUUGCUUGAAGGAACUGAAUUGUUUGCGAGGGUGCGGAGUGUAGCGCCCCCUGCAGCAUUGGGAGUGGAACGUGGGGGCUGUGCUUGAGUGUGUGUGCGCCUGCUCGUCUGUGUGUGCGUGAGUGCGUGUGUGUGCGUGCGCGCGUGACUGAGUGAGAGUGUGAGAGAGAGAGUGAGUGUGUGUGAGAGUGAGUCAGUGAGUGUGUGUGUGUGAGACAGAGUGAGUGAGUGUGUGUGCGCGUGCGUGAGAGAGAGUGAGUGGGUGUGUGCGUGAGAGAGUGAGUGAGUGGGUGUGAGAGUGGGUGGGUGAGUGAGUGGGUGUGUGGGGAGUGAGUGAGUGAGUGAGUGGGUGUGUGAGUGUGUGGGUGUGUGGGUGUGGUUUCUCAUUAAGCUCCUGGCAAUAGAAUUAGCAAAAUAAAAUAAAAAAAAAUAAAAAAAAGACAACUGCAGAGGUAACAGGGUGGACGCCCUAAAACCAUUGACACAAUCCAAGCCAAAAUCCAGAUCCCAGUGAGAAGUGUUACUGUAUAUUCAUGUGAUUUGUGUGCCAGCCUCGCGUCUGCUAGACGCUGGACCGCAAGAACUGAACUGAAGAGCCGUUAAUAAGCAUUGCAGGGUAAAAACAUUACAAUGAGAAAGCAACAAGAAUCCAAAAGUACAUGCUUUAAUGUUAAAAGAAAAGGAAACCGAUGUGAACAACUGUAUGCCUCCAGUGAGCUGCCCCAGACCCGCUCUGUGCAGAGCAGUGUGAGGGCCUGUGUCCCAGGACUCUCCCUGUAUCGAUAAGCCUGUGUGUGGGCUCCACACUCUCAAACCACCCCAAACUGGGCUCCACACUCUCAGGUAGUGCAGUGACCCCCAGACCAAACCCCAGGCCUGUUUCAGAUCUCAUAGAUCCCUGCUCUGAUCCGACAGCUCCAGCUAGCAAUGUGACACGCAUUGUGGAAAGCCUGGUAGCGUGUCCCAACAGUGUUUCUCAUGUCCCAGAGAAUCUAACGUGCUUUUAUUAUAGAAAGUCCUGAGGACAAGACAAGCAGAGACCAGGUCCUGUAUAUUCACACUGAACAGGGCUACAGACCAUCAUCAAUAUUGUGCUAAUGGUACAACGCAGGUGAAUAAAUCAAUAUAUUUAAUUAAAGUCAAUUCAAUUCAAUUAAAGACGCUUGUACGUGUUUUGCAAAUCCUGAAGGUAAAAUUAUGUAUUUUUUAUUUUUUUAUUGUUAAAUAGAAAAAAAAGCACUUAACCCCCACCACCCUGCCCCGCCCCAUGCCCCGCCCCCUCUACCCCGCCCCGCCCCUCUGCCCCCACCCCGCCUCUCUGCCCCGCCCCGCACCGAGUGGGUACAACGAGGAGCGAGACGGACAUUCCAAAUACACUUUUUCUUUUUUUGGGUGGGGACGGGACUUGAAAUUAAAAUAUUCUGAAAAAAAUGUAAUGUAAUGUAAAAAUUUUGGAGAAAAAAAAGAAAGUGUAUCGAUUUAGAAAAGAAAAUAUAUAUGUUUUGAUUUAACUUGAA